AUGGUGCUCACCCUCCCACAAUUCCGCAACAAUUUUGGGGCCUUAUGCUUGUCCCAAAACGUCGCCAAUAUAUUCGUGCUUAUUUUAUUCGCAUGCUGGUGCGCGCCAGUCCAAUUUUUUUUCUCCGGCGAUCUGGCGGCCGGGUUUUUCGGGAAGCUGAUGGGCCAAUUAAAUCAAAUAUUCUGGCAUAGUCUAUUAUAUUCUCAUGUCGUCAUGUCGCUCAAUCGAUUCUCUGCCAUCGUAUUCCCCGGAUGGAGCAACCGGUUGCACGCUCGGGGCAGCACCUAUCUGUUGAUCGGCACCUCAUGGGCAAUUGCCGCCGUUUCGAAUAUACCGUAUUUCUUCAGAGACUCCUGCUACAUGAUCUACGUCCCACAAAAAUACGCGUGGCAAUUCUCAGAUAAUUUCUGUGGGCAUGUCAUUGGAAUCUAUAUGGACUGUUACGCGGCAAUGUUGGUUGUGAUUGUCUUAAUUCUGUUGGAUAUAUAUACAAUUUUGCAUUUGAAGCGCUUGCAUAAGGGUGUCAUCAAGAGCACGUCAAGCGCCGAAUUGAGAAGGAGAAGGGGUCUCGAGAUACGGUUUUUCAUGCAGGUGGGAGUG